ACCGGAAGCAGCGUUUAAUCCACAGUCAUGGCCGACAACGUAGAGUUGACUGCUGAGCAGACGGAGAAACUUAUCCAAUUUCAGGAUCUCUCUGGAAUUGAAGAGAUAAGACGAUGUCAGGAGAUCCUUCAGCAACAUAACUGGGACAUUGAGGUCGCAGUACAAGACACUUUCAAUGAGAGAGAAGGCGCACCAUCAGUAUUCAAUGAGCCACCCCCACCUGCAGAACCCCGACAACCCACAAUGAACCUGCAACCUCCAGACCAGAGAGUGUUCACAGUAGCCCGACGACCACCACAGGGAUUUUUCCAGUGGAGCUAUUACGUAGUGAUGUUUCCAUUUCGAUUUGCAUACACCAGUAUUUUAGACAUUUUAAAAUUUGUUUUUCGUUUAAUUCGUCCAGACCCCAGAAGAAAUGUAACGGAUCCUGUGGGUGAUGUAGAGAGAUUUUUAGCCAAAUAUAAUGAAUUGUAUGGUGAUGAGCAUCCAGCCUUCUACCGGGGUUCUUACAGCCAGGCCCUGAAUGAUGCCAAGAGAGAGUUACGGUUCCUGUUGGUAUAUCUCCAUGGUGAUGACCACCAGGAUACACAUUCAUUUUGUAGAAAUACAUUAGGAAAUCCAGAUGUUCGAGAUUUCAUCAACGGGAGGGUGUUGUUUUGGGCGUGUAAUACAAACAGUCCUGAAGGUUAUAGAGUAUCAAGGGCAUUGAGAGAAAACACCUACCCCUUCUUAGCUCUAGUUGUGUUACGACAGAACAAGAUGACCGUCGUAGCACGAAUAGAAGGACCAGUAGAUGGUCAAGAACUUACAGAAAAGUUGGAGCGAGUGAUGACUGAUAAUGAAACUUCACUUAUAGCUGCCAGGGCAGAAAGAGAAGAAAGAAAUUUCACCCAGACAUUAAGACGAGAACAGGAUGAAGCCUACUUAGAAUCUCUGAGAGCAGACCAAGAAAAGGAGAGAACUCGACGUGGAGAUUUAGAGAAACUGGAACAAGAAAAACAGAAAGUGGUGGAUGCAGAGAUGGAACGACAAAGAAUGCUUGAGGAGAGGGAGCUAAGAAAAGAGGAUCUGAGAAACAGUAUACCUCCGGAGCCUGCUGCAGAUCAUCCGGAUCGAGUACAGAUCGUACUCAAGCUUCCACACGGGGACCGCGUACAGAGGAGGUUUCUCAAGUCGGACUCACUUAAGCACCUGUACCAUUUUGCAUUUUGCCAUGAACAAUGUCCUGACGACUUUCAUAUAGUAACAAAUUUCCCUCGGAGGACUUUACCAUGUGAGCCUACAGAAGAAGUGCCAGAACCUCCUUCAUUUGGGGAGGUGGGAUUAGGCAAGAUGGAGAUGUUAUUUAUACAAGACAAUGAGGCCUAGCAAAGAAGCAAUACAUUUUACAAAUUAUUCCAGGUUUUUGCGUCUCGUGUGAUGUGGUCAGUGAGAGAAGAACAAUUCACACGUUUUUUUGUUGAAAGUUCUGAAAGUGGCCAUGUUGUGAUAACCAGUUGGAUUACUGAAACGUAUGGGGAAAAAAGGUUACGAUUUUGAAAGAAAUUCCUGAUGAUUUUGUAUCGGUCGAAUGUAAGAAUGUUUUCAAUUUGAAAAAGAUUUUUUUGUGAGAUUCCAAUCAACGUAAUAGGUGAGAGGUAAAUCUCACGUUCAUAAAAUAUUUGUCGUUAUUACAGAGUAUUUUAUGACAAUGCAGAUCUAUGGUUAAAAGAGUUUUUUGUAAGUUUUGUCAUUUGAGAGAAUGGUUUCAUCAUUGUAAGAAAUUUCUGUCAAUGUUGUGAAAAUUGUGUUCAGGUUAUGAAUCAGUCUGAUGUUAAAUGGCGGAAUAGUUCAGCUGACGAUAAAAGCAAUUGCUGUGGGAUUUUCGAUCUGAUUUUUUCUUUUGUUUCUUGUGGUACAUGUAGCCAUCACUGUACAGAGGGGUUCAGCUGAAUAGCUGUUAUUUAAAAGUUUGAGAGAUGAAACGGAGGCUAGGUUUGAUUUAUAUUGAUAUCUUGUACACUUUGUGACACAUGAAAAAGAAAAGUCGAAAGUUACGAUUAUUGUAAAAGUUGAAGGUUAUAAUUCAGUUUAAAGUUACUGGUACGAUUAUGGUAUAAUUGAAGGCUACUUUUAUAGUAAAAUUUGAAGUUCAUAAUGUUAAAAAUCCAACGUAAAAUUUCCAGUUCAUGCGCAUGAUAAAAGUUAAUGUCUUAAUUUAUUUUCCUUAUCCAACCAGUUUGUUCAGUAAGCUGGCUUUAUAAAAACUGCAGUUGAAAUUUUUUACAUCUUUGCAUGUUCUUUUAACCUUUACACCACUGUAGACCAUAAUGGACUCAUCCCAACAAAUGCAUGGUAGAGUCUACUAAAGUUAUCUAGGGGUGAAAGGGUCUGAUCAAUCUUAAGGCUCUGUCAUUGUUGGAUUAGAAUUUUUGUACCAGUUUUUUGUUUUUUAUGUCAUUGUUCAGAGAUGUUACCCAUUCACAUGUUCAAAUGUUCAAAUGAAGCUAUGGGUAAAUUAUGUUGUUGAAUUGAGAAUAAACAAUUUUAUCCUCUAAAGGUUCCUGAGGAUUUUAUUUUUUUUGUAAUCUGUAUUUGGUUUUUUUCCCCUAUCACAAGUUCAAUACUGUUUAUUCCAAACCUGUAAAGAGAUCAAUGGUUGGUACAAUUAUGGAUAAAGAAAUCCAGGAAGCACGUCACUACUGGUAUUGAUUGCACAUUCAAAACUGUGAAAUGUAGUUUCAUAAACCGGUGUCAAGAUUCUGACUUGACUCUGACAAGGUGAUUUAAACUUAAUAGUCUUGUCAAUAACAUCAUAAGAAAACACAUUGUAUUUUCGAAAUCAAUUUUUUGACAUUAUUUAUAUUCUAAUUUUACAAACAGUCAUAUGUUAUCAAUUGAAAUUAUAGCUUUAGCAUUUAGGCUUUUUUUCUAGAAAAUCUUAACAAGGUACAUAUUGGUAUGGAUGGCAAAUGGCAUUGCUUGUUAAUCAAUAGAUGGGUAAUAUAUUUGGAGGAAUUAAUGUUAAUUAUGAAUAGUGUCGUAAACAAGAUUUGUUUCUAUACGUCAUUUGCAGAUUUCUGAUAUUUUAUUCAAUUGAUUCAGUCAUUCUAGUGAAAUACCACUCUUAAAUGCAUCCUCAUUGUUUAAGGACACAAGAUUUUUAGUGUAUUGUAGCAUCAUUUCCAUAGUUAUUAACUUAAAAGUUAAGGAUAUAUGCUACCUUACUCUAAAUUGGAUUUAUGCUAGAGUUAUCUACCUUACAUACAUAAUGUAACAUUAGUGGAAUUUAUUAGUGUUUCAAUGCAUACGUUCUUGUGCACCUUUUAGUUUUGUUAAUUUUUAGGUCACCUGAGCUUUAGCUCAAGUGACCUAUUGCUAUCCGUCUUUGUCCGUCGUCCU